CACACACUCAGCAUCAUCAGCAGCAGCAGCAGCACAGUGUGUGUUGGUGCAGGUAAAGAGCUCCGGAGGUUAGAGUGUCUGGUAGCCUGUUGGACGACAGGAGUUCCACACUAAUUCCUGAGCAGCUCAAACCAGCAGAACCCCAGAACCAGCAGAACUUCUCAUCCUUAUCCCAUCCAGCUCCGACAUGAACAUCUUCACCUCCUCCUGCCCCCACCUGUACCACGGUUACCCCGGCAACACCUCCAAUGGCUCCGCCCCCUCCACCGGCAUCAGCCAGGUGAUCCUCCGCCACUACAACCACACGGGCCGCCUGCAGAACCGGACCGUGUCCAGCUCCCAGAGCCGCCUCAGCGCCUCCAUGGCCGUGUUCCUGGUCUUCAGCGUCCUCAUCGUCCUGGAGAACCUCCUGGUGCUGCUCGCCGUCGUCUCCCGCAUCCGCCGGCGCCCCCGCUGGGUCUACGUGUGCAUCGCCAACAUCACGCUGAGCGACCUGCUCACCGGCGCCGCCUACCUGGUCAACAUCUGCAUGUCGGGGAGCCAGACGUUCCGCCUCACCCCGGCCCUGUGGCUCUUCAGGGAGGGGAUGCUGUUCGUGGCGCUGGCCGCCUCCAUCUUCAGCCUGCUGCUGAUCGCCGUGGAGCGCUACGCCACCAUGAUGAAGCCGCUGACCCAGAAGUCCACCAGGACCUCCUACUACCGGAUCUACGGCCUGGUGGCGCUGUGCUGGCUGCUGGCGCUGGUCAUCGGCUUCCUCCCCCUGCUGGGCUGGAACUGCAUGUGCAGCCUGGACAGGUGCUCUACCCUGCUGCCGCUCUACUCCAAGACCUACAUCUUCUUCUCGCUCAUCAUCUUCUUCCUCAUCCUGCUGGCCAUCGGCGUCCUCUACGGCGCCAUCUACUGCCACGUGCACCGCAGCGCUCGGGUCGGACCUCAGCGGAGCCGCAAGCGCUCGUUGGCGCUGCUGAAGACCGUCAUCACCAUCGUGGGCGUCUUCAUGCUCUGCUGGGGGCCUCUCUUCCUGCUGCUCAUGGUGGACUUCUUCUGCUCGUCCCGUCAGUGCGCUCUGCUCUUCGGCGCCGACUUCUGCAUCUCCCUCGCCGUCCUCAACUCCGGCCUGAACCCCGUCAUCUACGCCCUGGGCAGCAGCGACAUGAGGAAGGCCAUCGCUGAGCUGCUGUGCUGCUGCUGCCUGAAGGCCGGACUGUGCCGCCCCGACACCUUCACCUCCAAGGAGACCAGCAGCACCUCGGAGAACCGCCGGGACAGUCUGAGGAACAGCUUCAGCAAGGUCAGGAACCACAGCGUGGCCUCCCCGCCCUCCACCCCCAGCAAGCCUCGCAGGGCCACCAGGAAGGCCCGGCUGAGCACCACCACCAGCUGCCUGUCGGUUUCCAGCGGUUAAACCACAACCAGCUCCCCAACCGUUUCCUCUGGUCUGAAGCUUCUCAGCUCUGCACUGACGCUUGCACACUGGAAGAAAACCUGCUUGAACUCCAUAGUUCUCCAACAACAUCCCAAAAAAGAGACGUUUAUGCAUCAGAAGAUGUUGUGGAGACGCUUCAGACUGUAAUAAAACGGAUUAAAGCUAAAUAUGCACAUUAUCAGGAAAAACGGGUUCAGAUUCAUGAAGAAGAAGCUGCAGGGCUACAGAGUUUAGCAAAGUUUAAUCCUGAGCUGAAGCUUACUUUCUAAAUAUAAAAAAGAAAAACAAAAAAAAGUAAAAAUUGGGCAGAAACAAUGCCAGAAUAAAUGUUAAAAAAAUAAAAAAAAUUAAACAAAGCUUUAAAACAAACUGUGAACAUACCAGCAAAAUGUAACAAUGAUAUUUCUAACAGCUUUAAAAACAGUAAAAUUGGUGUCAUUUUAUAGUCGCACGUUGUACAAAACCAAUUUUUAUCUGUAAAAUAUAGACUCUGAUGUGGACGUUAUUUACAGUUUGGGCCUGAUUUUUUUUUAUUAUUCUC